AUGACCAUUCGUAUUUUAAACGAUACUACUAUUCGUAAAUUACGUGCUUCUCUCAUAACUUGUUUAUCUCAAUGUGUUGCUGAAUUAGUCCAAAACAGCCUUGACGCUUCUGCUACCAGCAUAGAGAUUCAUGUUGAUGUAACCAAAUAUUUUAUCCAGAUUAUUGAUAAUGGAACAGGAAUCCCUCCAGACGAUAUGAAUAACAUUGGAAAGCGUUAUGCAACAUCUAAAUGUCACACAUUGGAUGAUUUGAAAAAUGUUACUACUUAUGGUUUUCGUGGAGAAGCUUUGGCAAAUAUUGCUGAACUUUCAAUUUUGGAAAUAAUAAGUAAACAUUCUAAUUUUUUUGACACAUAUUGCACCAUAAUUAAAGGUGGCAAUCGUCUUCAAUAUGGUCCAACUCGUAACAGCAAACGUAAAAUUCCUGGAACGGUCGUCAUAAUCAGAGAUCUAUUUUACUCUUAUCCAGUACGUAGAAAAUAUAAAUCUGCUAAUGCAAUGAUCAACGAUUUAGAAAGUGUCAAAAGAACUAUAAACGUCAUGGCAUUAAUACAUCCAAAUGUCACAUUCACACUAGUCGACUCAUCAAAAGAUGCUAAAAUAGUAACAUCAAGUAUUUCCAUAUUUAGACAACUUUUUGGCGCAACAUUAGCUCAAAACCUUGAACCUGUUUAUAUUAAAGACCAUGAUUUCAAAGUUGAAGGAUUUAUUUCAUUAAAAGGUUUUCACACAAAGGUAUUUUUAGAUUUAUGUUGGAAUAAUUAUAUUAAUAACGACUACAUAUCAAUGGUACUAAAUACUCAACUUUUAAUUUAA